GCAACUGACACCUAUUAAAAAUCACUUCUCCCCUUUCAUUCGAAGGCGCAGACAACGAGAGAGAUCGAGAGAGAGAUAUCGAGAGAGAGAGAGAGAUGGAGGCAAGUGAAGGGCACAUCACGACACCACCACCACCACCACCAGCUCCCUACACACUCCCACCCUCAAGCUAUGCUAGUGAAGACAUAAUCUUUUGUAUUGACACAGACAGUGAGUGUCUCAAAGAAAUGAAAGUCGGCGGUCCUGCGGGUCCCUUCACAAGAUUGGACACAAUGAAGCAGUCGAUUCUCAUGUUCAUCAAUGCCAAGCUCGCUAUUAACUCUGAUCACCGCUUUGCUUUUUGUGCUAUUGGGAAAAACACUUACUGGCUACAGAAAGAUUUUAGCAGCAGGUCCGAUUUUGCAUUCAUAGCAUUCACUAAGAUCACAGAGCUUUCCUCGUCAGACCAAGCUGAUCUCACCCAGCUAUUCAGGGCGGCUGCACACGAAGCGAAAAAAUCUCGUGCGCAAAAUCGCAUCCUCAGGCUGGUUCUGCUGUACUGUAGAUCUUCAGUAACUCCAUACCAUCGAUGGCCUGUAACUGAGAAACUAUUUACUCUAGAUGUGAUGUACCUCCAUGACAAGCCUGGACCUGAAAACUGUCCUCAAAAGGUGUAUGAUGCUCUGGUGGACACCCUUGAACAAGUCAGUGAAUACGAGGGCUACAUCUUUGAAACUGGGCAAGGGCUGCCGCGUAUAAUCUUUCGCCACAUGUGCGUGCUUUUAUCCCACCCCCAGCAGCGUUGCGUGCAAGAUGAUAUCGACAUACCCAAGUCUCUCACUAGAAAGCCACCAGCCUCUGAGACAACCACAGGCAGUGAAGUUCAAGGCUCAAGCCAGUAAGUAAGCAUGUAUAAUGUAACUGUUCAGCACACCCCUUCCCCGACAUGGUACUUUGUACUCUGUAAUGUGUGUGCGGAAGUGUAACUUUUUAGACUAAACCUUUUUUUUUUCUUGCAAAACUGUGAAGCUUAAAGCUUUCUAAAAGCUUCAAAGCUUUUCAGUGGACACCUAAAAGACUUGUAGUUUCAUAAAGAUGCGCGUGGUGUGUUAUGGUUUACAUGAUCAGCGCUACAAGAGCUGCAUGUUGUCGGAUAAUUUGCGAGAUGCAGAACUUCAAAACUGCUUUAGUUCA